AUGGGGUUUGCCUGGGCCCAGGCUCUGCGGACACAUGCUCUCUGGCUGCCUGUGCUCUGGACACUGCUAUUUCCCAUCUCCUGCUCCCAUGGCCCACCAAGAUGGCACUUCACUUCCUCUGAAAUUGUGAUCCCCAAGAAGGUACCCCUCAGCAGCUCGCUUGAGCAGCUUGCCUAUAGAGUGCAUUUCAGGGGCCAAAGACACGUGAUCCGCAUGAAGCUCAAGAAGAACAUGGUGCCCAGACAUUUGCCGGUACUUACUGACAAUGACCAAGGAGCCCCACAGGAGGACUACCCCUUCGUGCCCCGAGACUGUUACUUCUACAGCUAUCUGGAAGGGGUUCCCGGGUCUGUGGCUACACUGGACACCUGCUAUGGUGGUCUGCAUGGCAUGCUGCAGGUGGAUGACUUCACCUAUGAGAUCAAGCCACUGGUGGGGUCUUCCAAAUUUGAGCAUGUGAUUUCUCUGCUUGCGUCAGGAGGCAGAGCCAAAGGGUCUGAAAGGUGUAGCAUUGGAGAAGAAGAGCCCAGUCAGUUACUUGAAAAGAUGAAACUUGCUGAAACUCCUAGAGCAGGCCCUACUUAUUUGUGGCGCAUACAUAGAAAACACUUGAGACUUUUGUACACUGUUUCUAACUCGUUAUUCAGAAUGAAAAGUGGAAACGUAACCAACCUAAUUGAGAUCAUAAUUAUCAUCAACAGCAUAUUAGAUACCAUUUUCAAACCAGCUGGUCUCAAUGUCCUCAUACGUGUUGUGUGCAUAUGGGACAAGGAGGACAAAGUGGAAUUGAACACAAAUAACGUUUGGAAAACUGUGAGUGAAUAUGGUUUGCAUAAACAACAUUUUUUUUUUAGUGCAAUACCACAUUCCUCUGCAGUGCUUUUAACAGGACACAAUAUUGCAGGAACAGUGUAUCAUGCCAGUCCUGAUGGAAUGUGCAGCCCCAAUUGGGGGGCAAUGUAUGUGAGUUUAUUGAAUCUCCACAUAUAUAUGUCUGCAACUAUUUUAGCACAUGCAGUGUGCCACAACUUUGGUAAUGGCCAUGACGGACCUGGUUGUGUUUGUUUCCGAAGAACUAGUUGUGUCAUGGCUCCUGUGCCUGGUCUGAUGGAUAUGUUGAGCAACUGUACUUACACACAGCUACAUCUCAAGUUAAAUGGUUGGGACACGUGUCUGAGCACUCUGAAUCAUCCAUAUGAUAAUUAUCCAUAUGUAACUGGACGCUGUGGGAAUGGGGUAAGGGAUAAAACUGAGGAAUGUGACUGUGGCUCCUUUAAACAGUGUGCCACCAAUAAGUGUUGUGCGACCGAUUGCAUGUUAACUCCUGGCAGUGUAUGUGAUAAAGGAGGUUGUUGUCAUCACUGUAAAUAUUCUGCCCCUGGAAUGAUUUGCAGAGACAAGCUUGGUAUUUGUGAUCUGCGAGAAUAUUGUAAUGGAACAUCAGAGGAAUGCCCACCGGACUUCCAUAUCCAGGAUGGAACCCCGUGUUCGGCAGUAGCAGUUUGUAUGCAGGGAAACUGCAGCGACCGCAGUACGCAGUGCCGAGCUCUCUUUGGGUACAACGUUAAAGACGCUUCACCCACAUGCUAUAAAGUACUGAAUGUAAGAGGUGAUUCAUAUGGAAACUGUGGGGUUAAGGUUCAGCGAGGGAGAAGUAAACUUCUUAGGUGUGAAGAUGAUAAUGCUUUCUGUGGAUUGCUGCAUUGUGAUAAUAUUGGCCAUUAUCCUGGUGGAGAUGAGCAUACUUCAUUUCAUCAUAUAAAACUAAGAGAUAUUAAAGAAGUAGAGUGUUUCGGAUAUGAAGCACACCAUGGGACAGGAUUGCCAGAAAUGGGGCUUGUAGCGGAUGGUGCAACCUGUGGCCCAGGAAAAUUCUGUCGAAGGCAGAAUUGUACUCUUCAUCAAGAUAUGGGCUAUAGCUGUGAUAUCCAGAGAUGUAAUUUCAGAGGUGUGUGUAACAACAGGAAUCACUGUCACUGUGAGCAUGGUUGGAAACCCCCAUUAUGUGACCAGAGAGGAGUGGGCGGCAGCGAGGACAGUGGCCCUCCACCUUCCAAAGAUGCAGGACUUGGAGCCAAAAUAAUUUCGAACAUUAAUUGGGUACUUCUUGUGUGUCUUUUUCGUUGCAUACUUUUUAUGGUCUCAAUUCUCGGUGGUAAGUUUGCAAAGACAAAUAUUGAUGUACAAAAUGUACCAGUUGGUUGUGAUUCACAAUAG